GUUGAUUCGGUCCUCAUUCUUAUGGCCGCGCCAGCUUCGGAGACACUACAUGCCAUAUCGGCAGACUCUCGGUCACCGUCAAUACUACCACACCGAGGUGCCCUCCGAUAAGGUCUCUCGCACCUAGGGCUUAUUUCCGCACGCGAAGCGUGUCCCCGAUGUUCUGUGGUCUUUGAUUUCAGUCCUGCAUAGUCAUCCGGGCAUGACUUAUCACGGGCCGAUAUAUCUCCCCGCCUUUCCAAGAGAAGAUGCGUCCGGUCUCCGUGUGAGGACUAGGUCCGAGUGACCAGUGGAGCCCUUGAAAAGUACCGUCUCCCGUACCCUGCCACAGCCCUCUCAUGGCUCCCACGCCCAACCACCGCAUCCUCUACGUGAAAGUUCCCGGGCACGGCCUGCCCGUCGAAGGAGAGCACCUCGUCUACGACACGGACGCGGUCAUCGAUCUCGAUGCGCCACUCAACGGCGGAUAUCUGACGAAGACGCUGCUCCUGAGCCCGGAACCGUAUAUGCGAGAGCGGCUCCGCGAUCCCGCCGUGCAACUGUACUCGCCCCCGAUGGUGCUCGGACAACCUAUGGUCGGAAACGCUGUGGUCGUGGUGCUGCGCUCCGAGAUGGAGGGUGUGAAUGCCGGCGAUUACAUGGCUGGAUUGUCGACCUGGGAGAUGUACACUGUGCAACCGUACACCGGCGCACGCGUCAACUUCGCAGAGGGCUCCUUCCCGCCGUACACCCUGAACAUGGAGAUUCUGAUGCCGUUGCGGACCGUGCCGGAUCCUCAAGGGGCGUUUCCGUGGACCUGCUUCCUCACCUCGCUGGGCCUUCCGGGAUACACAGCAUUCGAGGGCAUCGAGAAGUAUCUGAAGCCAAAAGAGGGAUCGGCGAUAUACGUCUCAUCGGGAGCGUCCGCGGUAGGAACCAUGGUCAUCCAGCUGUGCAAGAGGAGAGGGCUUCGUGUGAUCGCCUCUGCGGGAAGCGACCAGAAGGUCGACCAUCUCCUCGCGCUCGGUGCCGACGUCGCGUUCAACUACAAGACGCGCUCGGUGGCAUCGGCGCUGGAGGAAUAUGGCCCACUCGACUAUUAUUGGGAUAACGUGGGCGGCGAGCAGCUCGAGGCGGCCAUCGGGAACAUGCAGCACAGAGGGCGCAUUAUGAUUUGCGGAGCGAUGAGUGAAUACAACGUACCGUUCGAGCAGCGAUAUGGAGUCAAGAAUCUCAGCAUGGUCUUCAAGCGCCGGAUUACGAUCGAAGGCUUUGUCUGCAACGAAGUCCCCGACGCAGAAUUUUACGGCCGUUUCAUCCAAGAGAUCCCGCCGAUCCUGGCUGAGAAGAAGCUGCAGAGUGAAGAGGAUCUGGUUAUUGGAAUGGAGAAUGGAAUCAAGGCGUUCCUGAGUCUAUUCGAUGGAACUGCAAAUGCCAAGGUGGUCGUCGUGGUUGACCCCGAGUAUGCAUGAAUGAAAUAUAACUUGGUGUACCGUAUCUGUGUGUAUUUGAUAAGGAGCAUACAGUAACCCAUACAUCAAUAAACCAGAUUUGUAUGUUCG